GCCGCCAUCAUGGACACCAGCCGCGUGCAGCCUAUCAAGUUAGCCCGGGUCACCAAGGUGCUAGGCAGGACCGGAUCGCAGGGACAGUGCACCCAGGUGCGCGUGGAAUUCAUGGACGACAAGAGCCGCUCCAUCAGACCCUGCUGGAAUCCGAGCGAGAGGCCAAGCGGCUGCGCUGAACUCGAUUCAGGUCCCAGAUGUUCUGCCUCGAUGUUUUGUGCUCCCGUUGAUGACCUGUCGUGUUAAUAAACUGUCUCUACCACCAGAGAAAAAAAAAAAAGAA